AUGCAUACCAGGGAGACGUUGCCGGAUCCAAACGAUGAUCCUUUUUACGCCCAGCCGUCCAACAUCGCCUCGUACGCCAAUGGCCAAGUCAUUCAGUCUCGAAAGGUAGACACCGAGAUUGGCUCUAUCAACAACGUGAACACCUUCCAGGUCAAGUACCGUACCACAAACACGCAAAACCAGGCGCAGUCCAACCUCGCGACUGUCUGGAUCCCCUCCAAGCCUGCAUCGCCGCCCAAGAUCUUCAGCUACCAAGUCUACAUGGAUGCCACCCAGAUCGACUGCGCUCCGAGCUACAGCUAUGUCACCGGCUUGGACAAGCCAGGCAAGGGCACCGUCAUCUUGGACACACCCAUCGUCAUCAGCUGGGCGCUCCAGCAGGGCUACUACGUCGUUUCGUCCGACGAUGAAGGUCCCAGAGCUGCCUUCAUCGCCGGGUACGAGGAAGGUAAGGCCGUCCUCGACGGCAUUCGCGCGCUCCAGAACUACGCCAACUUGCCCAAGGACAGCCCCAUCGGAAUGUAUGGAUACAGCGGAGGUGCCCAUACCACCGGAUGGGCCGUUAACCUGGCUGGCUCGUACGCUUCCGAGCUCAACAUCAUCGGCGCUGCCUACGGAGGACUUCCUGCAAGCGCCAAGGACACCUUCACCUUCCUCAACGGCAAGAGCAUCUUCUCCGGCUUUGCCCUUGCGGGCGUCUCGGGCCUUGCCCUCGGUCAUCCGGACAUGGAGGCUUUCAUCAAGCCGCGCCUCAAUGCCAAGGGCAACCAAACCUUGGCCCAGAUCCGAAGCCGUGGUGAAUGUAUCGGCCAAGUUGCUCUGGGUUAUCCUUUCCUUGACGUCUUCUCGCUCGUCAACGACACCAACCUGCUCAAUGAAGAGCCCAUUGUCAGCAUCCUCAAGACCGAAACGCUGGUGCAAGCCGAAGCGAGCUACACAGUUCCCGUCCCCAAAUUCCCGCGAUUCAUGUGGCACGCGCUACCAGACGAGAUUGUUCCUUUCCAACCGGCACAAGAUUAUGUCACUGAACAGUGUGCCAAGGGCGCCGACAUUAACUGGAACGUCUACCCAAUUGCCGAGCACAUUUCUGCCGAGCUCUUGGGGUUGUUGCCUGGUAUCGACUGGUUGAGCAAGGCCUAUAAGGGUCAAGCACCGAAAGUUGCAUGCGGCGGUGGUGUACCUGCAACACCUCCGCCUGCGGAAGACGUGCUCGGAGGCGACCUGGCGAGCCAGUUCCGCUCCCUGAACGGCAAGCAGUCUGCUUACGGCAAGCCUUUCAACGCCGGAUUCUGA